UUUAAUGUCGAGAUCACUGAUGGAAUCAUCAGUUUGGCACAAAGUUAUCUUUGCCAGAUACAAUUGGAUUACUCGGUUACAGGAUUAAUUUUCCAGUUUGGCAACUCAGCACCUAAAAUUUCUAUAUGAAUGAAAUAAGAUUCAAGGUCGUCAAACUCAUAUGCGCCAAUGCGCCUCAACCCAACAAAGGUUGGUUAUUCACUUUCUUCAGUAUCCAUAGCGGCGUUAAAAUGUCCAUAACUGAAUUCUCUGGUGAAAACAGAUUCCUGUCAAACUUCUUCAAAUGCGAAGUAGAAUAUGAAGGAAUUAUUUAUCCAACAUCAGAACAUGCAUUCCAAGCAGCCAAAACAUAUGAUGAAGAAGAGAGAAAAAUGAUUUUAUCAACCAAAUCACCCGUAAUAGCCAAACGUAAAGGGCUCAAAGUCAAACUAAGACCUGAUUGGGAAGAAGUUAAAGUUGCUAUAAUGACAGAUAUACUGAGAACAAAAUUUCAACAACCAGAAUUCAAACAACAGCUCUUAGAUACUCUUGAUAAAGACAUAGUUGAGGGCAACAAGUGGCAUGAUAAUUAUUGGGGCAAAUGUAUCUGUAAAAGAUGCAAUGGUAAAGGUAAAAAUGUUUUGGGGAAGAUAAUAAAAAAAAUUAGAGAUGAAUUGAAAAAUAACUGAAUUUUUGUGAAUCAUUUAAUUCAAUGUUAAUUUGAUUUUUGAGAUUGAAAUUCUUCAAUACAGUUUUAUAAGUUUUAUAACAAGAAAUGUAUGGGAGUUGUUCUGUGAAGAAAUCAAGUUAUAGUUGUCCAGAAAAAACUAGCUGGUGCUAGGUCAUGAACUUCCAAAUGCACAUCUCAGCUCCAACCAACAUUGUGAUUCACAACGAAAGAAAGAUAAUUUUUGCUUGUUUAGUCAGCUUUAAUGCAAGGUGUAAACCAGGAUGUACUAAGCCAAAAGUUAGGAAGUCAAUGGCCUACGGCAACCUCCCUUUUGUCUGAACUAAUAUUAAUAAUAAAGUAAAAAAUGCAGAUUAGAAAACUAGGGACUCCUUCAUAUAUUGAUAUUUAUAGAUAUUCACUAGAAAUAUAUUUUGCUAUUUUUCAAUCUUGUAUAAAUUGUAUAGAAUAUUUUUUAA